UCCUUUAGGGCACCAGCCUCCUAAAGGCAUUUCUCAGUCUCCUACUUACACAUGGCCUCAGUCAAGCCUGUGGCCUGAGUCAGGACGCAGAGGAACUCCGUGGCCCAACUCUAAUGUCUGGAGGGCUUCGAGUUGGGUAAGGUUUUAAUAACCAUGAUGCCCCUACCUUGUCACAGCAGUCUUCCCCCACACCCUAGUGACUGCCAGGGGACCUUCAGCCUGCCCCGAGACUGUGCUUGGGGAGCACAUAGGCCCAAGAGGGAUCUCAGGCUAGGGCUUGCGGUAGCAAGCAAAAAAUCCAGGCUUCCCACGGUCCUGCAAGUACAGAAGUAGCGGCGCGUGCGUGGAGCGGCGGGCUGGCCUGCAAGAGGAGUUGGCCGCCGGGCGCUCCGCCCUCGGCCCGCCCCCGCCGCGGCCCCGCCGCCAAGUCCACCUUAAGGGGCGCGCUGACAUCAGCGCGCCGCCGCCGCCCGUAGGGUGGGAUUUCCUCCGCUGCCGCUGCGGCGGAUCCUGCGCCGCGUCCAGCCCGCGCGCCCGACCCCGGCCCGACCCGGCCGGCCCCGCCCGCCCGGCCCCGGGGAGGGAUGCGGCGGCGCGGCGCCCAGGAUGCCCCGCAGCCCCGGGACGCGCCUCAAACCCGCCAAGUACAUCCCGGUGGCCACGGCCGCUGCGCUGUUGGUUGGCUCCAGCACCCUGUUCUUCGUAUUCACGUGCCCAUGGUUGACAAGAGCGGUGUCUCCAGCUAUUCCUGUCUACAAUGGCAUCCUCUUCCUCUUUGUCCUGGCCAACUUCAGUAUGGCCACCUUCAUGGACCCAGGAGUCUUCCCCCGAGCGGACGAGGACGAGGACAAGGAGGAUGACUUCCGGGCCCCACUGUACAAGAACGUGGAUGUGCGGGGCAUCCAGGUCCGCAUGAAGUGGUGUGCCACAUGCCACUUCUACCGUCCACCCCGCUGCUCACACUGCAGUGUCUGUGACAACUGUGUGGAGGACUUUGACCACCACUGCCCCUGGGUCAACAACUGCAUUGGACGUCGCAACUACCGCUACUUCUUCCUGUUCCUGCUGUCACUCAGUGCACACAUGGUGGGUGUGGUGGCCUUCGGCCUGGUCUACGUGCUCAACCAUUCAGAGGGGCUGGGAGCUGCCCACACCACCAUCACCAUGGCUGUCAUGUGUGUGGCUGGCCUUUUCUUCAUUCCUGUCAUCGGCCUCACUGGCUUCCACGUGGUACUGGUCACGCGGGGCCGCACCACCAAUGAGCAGGUGACUGGGAAGUUCCGCGGGGGUGUGAAUCCCUUCACCCGAGGCUGCUAUGGGAACGUGGAGCACGUGUUAUGCAGUCCCCUGGCGCCCCGGUAUGUGGUGGAGUCCCCUAGGAUGCCGCUCUCAGUGAGCCUAAAGCCACCCUUCCUGAGGCCUGAGCUCCUGGAUCGAGCUGUGCCCCUCAAGGUCAAACUUAGCGACAAUGGGCUGAAAUCUGGCCGCAGCAAGUCCAAGGGCAGUCUAGACCAGCUGGAUGAGAAGCCCCUGGACCUUGGACCUCCACUGCCCCCCAAGAUAGAAGCUGGCACCUUUGGAAGAGAUCUGAAGACCCCAAGACCUGGCAGUGCUGAGAGUGCCCUAUCAGUACAGAGGACCAGCCCCCCAACACCUGCCAUGUAUAAGUUCCGGCCAGCUUUCUCCACUGGUCCCAAGACACCCUUUUGUGGACCCAGUGAGCAGGUCUCAGGCCCUGACUCCCUCACUCUGGCAGAUGACAGCACCCACAGUCUAGACUUUGUGUCCGAGCCCAGCCUGGAUCUCCCAGACCAUGGGCCUGGUGGUCUGCACCCUACCUAUCCCCCUUCCCCACCCCUCAAUGCCACGGAUGCCUUCUCAGGUGCCUUACGCUCCCUGAGUCUCAAGGCUGCCAGCCGGCGGGGUGGGGACCACAUGACCCUACAGCCACUGCAUUCUGAAGGUGGGCCCCCCACACCUCACCGUGGUCUCUUUGCCCCUCAUGCACUGCCCAACCGAAAUGGCAGCCUGUCCUAUGACAGCCUCCUUAACCCUGGCUCACCCGGUGGCCACGCAUGCCCCACACACCCUUCUGUUGGCAUGGCCAGCUACCAUUCACCCUACCUGCACCCUGGGCCAUCAGAUCCACCACGGCCCCCACCCCGCAGCUUCAGCCCUGUGCUGGGUCCCCGGCCUAGGGAACCCUCUCCUGUGCGCUAUGACAACCUGUCUCGGACCAUCAUGGCCUCUAUCCAGGAGCGCAAGGACAGGGAAGAGCGUGAACGGCUGCUGCGCUCCCAGACUGACUCACUCUUUGGCGACUCUGGUGUCUAUGACACACCCAGCUCCUACAGCCUGCAACAGGCCAGUGUGUUAUCGGAAGGUCCCUGUGGCUCUGUGCUGCGCUAUGGCUCCAGGGAUGACCUCGUGGCUGGUCCUGGCUUCGGUGGUGCCCGCAAUCCUGCCCUGCAGACGUCAUUGUCCUCACUAUCAAGCUCCAUGAGUCGGGCACCUCGGACAUCUUCUUCCUCCCUGCAGGCUGACCAAGCCAACAACAAUGCCCCAGGACCCCGGCCUGGCAGUGGUUCACACAGGUCACCUGCCCGGCAGGGCCUGCCUUCCCCACCAGGCACUCCCCGAUCUCCUUCUUACACGGGCUCCAAGGCUGUCGCCUUCAUCCAUACGGACCUCCCGGACCGGCCACCCUCACUGGCUAUGCAGAGGGAUCACCCUCAGCUGAAGACCCCCCCAAGUAAGCUUAACGGGCAGUCCCCGGGCAUGGCCCGUCUGGGGCCUGCUGCCAGCCCCAUGGGGCCCAACGCCAGCCCUGCCCGGCACACGCUGGUUAAGAAGGUGUCCGGCGUGGGUGGGACUACGUACGAAAUCUCGGUGUAAGAACUGAGCACCACUCAUCUGCUGUGAUUCCACGGGGACCAGGAUCCCCACAGUAGCUCCCCCACCCCCAUCAACUUCUCUGCCCCAGGGAGAGGAGGCUACCCAAGCCUGGUGUGGACACAUCAACAGGAAAGAAAGCCCUGCCUCCACAAGCUUGUGCUCCGGCCUCUGCCUAUUCGUCAACUUAUCUACUCAUGGGGCAGAUGGAUCCAAGGCUGUGGGCUGUGAUGGGGACCUGGACCGCCUCCUCCAUCAGCCAGUCUCAGCCCUGCACCCUAUUGCCCUCAUUUCCCAAGGCCAGUCCCCAGCAGUCCCACGGGCCCACUCUCUCCUUUCUGGAUGGGUUGCUCUAGCCCUGUGCUCCCAGCUGCUCCUAAUACAUGGCCUUUCACUGACCUAGCUGGUAGCUUGCUGCUUGGCAAGGCCUAUGCUUUGCAAGGAGUGUAACCCUGACCUGCUCUGGGUUGGGAUGGAUGGAUGGACAGAUAAUCCAGCUGUAGCAGGGUCCUAGCUCCCUGUGUUCUGUCUUGCCUGGCUGGUGGUCCAUGUCUGUAUGCUGUGCUGCCGUGCCUCGUCCGAUGUCCUAGCGCUCGGCUGCCACUGUUCUUUCAUCAAAGCCUUAACUUCUGCUUUAUGCUCUUGUGGGAGGUGAUGGGAGGAUGGUAGGCCAGAGCGGGGGGCAGGGGGGCAGAUGCUGCCCCAGGGACUGGUGGGGCCUGGAGCCCCUCACUCACUCUCAGGCCUACCCUGCCAAACUGGAGAGUCCUCACCCAAAGCAUACAGAGUUCCCAGCAUUGGCUUGGCCAGUGCCACUGGAAAGCAUAUCAGGGCGGGUCAGUUCUCCCCCUGGCACCAGGGACCCGAGUAAGCACAUGGCAGUGUCCGCUUGCAUUGUCUGUUUUACGUUUUUAUAUUUACAUCUAUAUAUCUAUAAUUUUAUUAAAAAAAGGAAAAAUCAUUUUGAUCCUUUCCUUGGGCAAAGGCUACGGCUGUGGAUGCAGGGGAGGGUGUCAGGAAAGGGGUGCCAGCUGGCACGGGACGGCACAUUCCUCUUGUACGUUUCUGAUGACGUGCCAAGUCAGGCCAGUUGGUAAUUGGCCUUCGGCUGGCGAGUCUGUGUCAUGUCGGACAGCAGGGUUUGUGGUGACAGGCUAGGACCACAGCUGCCUCCUGGGACUCCGAGGCAGGUGCAUUGGAGGGUGCACAUGGGGCCAACACCUGGCUGAGAGCCCUACAGAAGUUACUGUACUUUCUAGAAAUCACUCUUCUGUGCUAUAUGCCAAGGGAGGGAUUACAGAGUGCCAGGAAGCCACAUUUUCCUGAGCUAGGGCUCAGAGCAGGGCUGGAGAGGGCUGGGCUAGGUCCAGUAUCUUGGGGAGGUGUCCAGAGCCUAGGGCCCCAUAGCUGUACCCCAGCUGACCUCCACCUUUCUGCUUCUCUCUCAUGGACAUCGGCCCGCAGGGGGCGAAUUGGCACCUGUAGUCGUGGAUGGGGGUGGCGUGGCCCUCCUAGGGGGACUCCUGGCCUGCACCUGUGCCACCUCGGCCAUCCCGAGGAUCACCCGCCGCUGCGGGCCCCCUGGAGCGUGGCCGCUGGGGCGCCCCCCCCGUGGGACCAUUUGUCGGCUACACUCCGCUGCAUCCAGCCUUUUCCCCAGCCUCUCAGGUCCCUAGCAGGACACCAGUAGGUGGCUCUAGGGCCAUGAACAACCUGCUGGAGAUGCAGAAGACCAGGCUGCUGUAGAGCUCAUAGUGGGGCUGGAUGUGGCCCAGGAUCCCUGUCCAUUCCCUAUCAACCAGCCACAUCUGACUGAUCAGUCUACCAGGGCCCAUGCCCCUGUGUCCAGGUGACCUCAGGAAGUCCCCCCAUCUGCUGCAGGGGUCCAGUGCCCCACUGGGGGUGGCCCCAGAGCUACUGGGAACCAGCAUGACGUUCACCCCAGCCUCCCUAUCCCUUCCAAGCACUUUAAGCCACUCCUCUGGGGAGCCCAGGCCUCUGUGGGUUGGGCUGGGGUGGGGGUCUCAGGUCAUUGCAGGCUACUGCACCCCUCCACUCCACCCCAAGCACACGAACAGAUGCCUUAAAGUCCUGGAGCUGUCAGCCAGCCUGAUGGGCCACAGACUUGGCCCAUCCACCUCUGCCUCUUGCCUGUUCUGACCCCCCCUGGGCCUUCUGUAUUCAGGGGUGAUGCUCUGGGAACACCCCAGCCCACAGGCCUGGAUGCCUCUAGAAGGGCAGAACCGAACCCUGACAACCCCCCCUUUUGCACAGGGGCCCUGUCCUGGGUGCACUCUGGGCAGCAGCUCUGUCUCCCAUUUGGGGACACAGAGUCCACAAAACUCUUCUGUUCUACAAGAUUUUCUCCCUCAACUACCCUAAUAAAUUUUUUUGUGUUUACCUCC